UGCCUGUCCAAACCCUAACGCCGCUUACGCCUCCAAACAGGCCGAUUGUGCAGUUGAUGGCUCCGUUAUUUCUGGCUUAAACUCAGGCCGAUCCGAUCCAUCGGGAGUGGCACCCCCCCCCUUGGUCUGAUCUUGCAUAACUUGCAACAUAUUUGACCUUCCAAGCCCUCGCCCUGAAUCCUAGUGGGUUGCCCCAUCAUACAAGGUCUCACUCUUUUUUCCAAGGCCAUGUUCAAUAUGGCCGUCAUCCACCCCCUGGUCGCCCGUGAGGCUUCCCCGGAUCACCAUGUGGAUAGGUCGAUGCAGACGUGGAACAAGGCUACACAAUCACUCUGCAUAAUUUUCAUGACUGUCUUUUUUGGUCUCCGAGUUUAUACCCGUACUUCCCUGCUGAGAAAUUGGGGACAAGAGGACUGGUGCUGCUUGGGCGCAUGGGCUCUAGGUGUUGCAUACUCAGCAAUCGCCUUGGCCAUGGGCCAUUUCGGUGGAGGCGUGCAUUGGGACGAUGUCCCUGAGGCACACCACAUUCCAUUUCAAAAGCUUACCUACGUAACGAUGGUCAUGUACGGGCCGACCGCGUUUCUCACCAAAAUGACCCUGUUGUGGAUCAUGACCAGGGUGUUCAGUCCAUUCAAGAAAUCCGUCAUCUUCAUCUAUGUCUUCCUCGCCCUCAUGCUUCUCUACUACAUCCCUGCCGUCAUCGUGAAAAUCCGCAUCUGUAUGCCAAUCGCAAAAUUCUGGGAGCAAGACCUGCCCGGAUCCUGCCUCGACCAAAGCGCCAUCAUCAUGGCUGAUGCCGUCGUCAGCGUCGUCAGCGACCUGAUCGUUCUCAUCCUGCCUCUUCCCCUGACGAUGCGACUGCAACUACCACACAAGAAGAAGAUGAGAGUGAUGGGCAUGCUGGGGGCGGGAGGACUUGCUUGUGCGUCGAGUGUCAUCCGUCUUGUUCUUAUACAGUUGACUGGCAAUUCGAAGGAUGCCACCAUUGCUUUCAUGCGCGUUAAUAUGUUUGGAAACGCCGAAAUUGCCAUUGGGGUUAUCUGUGCAUGUCUGCCCGCGCUGUCGGCGUUGAUCACACAGAAGUACAACGAAUACAGCAGCGGCAGAUACAACAGCCACAACUCAGAAUACCAACUGAGCAAGGUGCGUAACCAGACCAAAAGCAGUCGUGCGGACCGCAGCAACAACCUGAGUGUCAACGGCCACGACUCAGACAAGGACAUCCUCAUGACGAACGUGCAAGCCGUUCCCAGAGUCGAGACAACCGUCCAAGGGGACUUCAAUCGGAGCGGCCAGAACCAGCAGGGCAUUAUGAGGACGGUAGACGUGUCGACGUCGGUGGCCUCUCGCGACUCAUAAAGGGGAUGGGAUAUUGGCAAGCUUAGCGGGUUCUGGUAUGAAGUUUUCUGUCCAUGCAGGUUAUGGCUAUGUAAAAUAGACUCUCAUGCUUCAUUUCGGUCAAUACAAUCUAUAUGAACAUCCUUUCG